GCGCGCUGGGUGCCCCAUUCUUCCCGUGGUCAGCGGGGCGCGCGCGGCCAUGGAGCGGAGCGGGCGCCGCCGCCGCCGGCACUGAGGGAGGGAGACGCGAGAGGGAGAAGGGAGCGCGUCCGCCCGGCCCCCGCCCCGCAGAAUGGACUGCUGAAUUGGGAUUUAUUGCAGACUCAACUGUACAGCACUGCUCGUUGCUUCAUCUAUUACUAGUUAUUUAAAUUGGACUUUUAAUAUCCUGCCAGCUGCUGUCCACACACACAUGGUGCAUUGUUGCCAUUCUCAGAAUUGCAUCUUUGAAACCCAGGCCCUCAGUAACCUUCAUCGAAGAAAGAGGCGACCUCCUGCGUACAUUUGUAGAGGGAGUUUUUGGCCCUGCUGCCCUCUGGCUUUCUGGCUGGUGCUGUGUUUCUGAGACACUAUGGAGCCCAGUAUGGAGUACUGCUUAGCACAGGUGCUGCAGAAGGAUGUUGGAAAAAGACUUCAGGUUGGCCAGGAAUUGAUAGAUUAUUUCUCAGAUAAACAGAAGUCAGCUGAUCUUGAACAUGAUCAGACUAUGCUGGAUAAAAUGGUUGAUGGACUGGCCACUUCUUGGGUAAAUUCCAGCAAUUACAAGGUGGUUCUGCUGGGGAUUGACAUCAUCUCUGCACUGGUGUCCCGCUUGCAAGAUCGCUUCAAGGCCCAGAUUGGCACAGUGCUGCCAAGUUUACUUGAUAGGCUGGGAGAUUCUAAGGACUCAGUGAGGGAGCAGGAUCAGACCUUGCUGCUGAAAAUCAUGGAACAAGCUGCAAACCCUCAGUACGUGUGGGACAGGAUGCUGGGAGGAUUCAAACACAAGAAUUUUCGGACAAGAGAAGGGAUUUGCCUCUGCCUUAUUGCAACACUCAAUGCAUCUGGAGCUCAGAGUUUAACACUGAGUAAGAUAGUGCCACAUAUAUGUAACUUACUUGGAGAUCCAAACAGCCAGGUUCGAGAUGCAGCAAUAAACAGCCUUGUGGAAAUUUACAGACACGUUGGUGAGCGUGUAAGGGCUGAUCUCAGUAAAAAAGGAUUACCCCAGUCUCGGUUGAAUGUAAUUUUUACAAAAUUCGAUGAGGUCCAAAAAUCUGGCAACAUGGUCCAGACUUCAGUUGAUAAAAUUUUUGAUGAUGAAGACUCCGUGGAUGGGAACAGACCUUCCUCAGCCAGCUCCUCUACAUCUUCAAAGGCCCCUGCAAACUCACGCAGAGUUGGGAUGGGCACUACCCGCAGACUUGGCUCUGCAGCUCUGGGCUCCAAGUCUUCAACAGCCAAAGAAGGAGCAGGUGCUGUGGAUGAAGAAGACUUUAUUAAGGCAUUUGAAGAUGUCCCAACAGUUCAGAUUUAUUCCAGCCGGGAUCUUGAGGAAUCCAUAAACAAGAUCAGAGAGAUACUAUCAGAUGAUAAACAUGACUGGGAACAGAGAGUCUCUGCGUUGAAAAAGAUCCGCUCCUUACUUUUGGCUGGAGCUGCAGAAUAUGAUAACUUCUUCCAACACUUAAGGCUUUUGGAUGGAGCGUUUAAAUUAUCUGCUAAGGACCUGCGGUCCCAAGUUGUACGAGAGGCUUGUAUCACGUUGGGACAUUUGUCAUCAGUUCUGGGAAACAAGUUUGACCAUGGGGCAGAAGCCAUCAUGCCAACAAUUUUUAAUCUAAUUCCCAAUAGUGCCAAAGUCAUGGCCACUUCUGGUGUUGUAGCAGUUAGAUUAAUCAUUCGACACACGCACAUCCCUCGGUUAAUACCCAUCAUAACCAGUAAUUGUACCUCCAAGUCUGUUGCAGUUAGAAGGCGCUGCUUUGAAUUUUUAGACUUGCUGUUGCAGGAGUGGCAAACACACUCCUUAGAAAGACACAUAUCAGUGUUAGCUGAAACAAUAAAGAAGGGAAUUCAUGAUGCAGACUCUGAAGCCAGGAUAGAGGCAAGAAAGUGCUACUGGGGUUUCCACAGUCACUUCAGCCGAGAGGCAGAGCACUUGUACCACACCUUGGAGUCCUCCUACCAGAAGGCCCUGCAGUCCCAUUUGAAGAACUCUGACAGCAUCGUGUCCUUGCCACAGUCAGAUCGCUCCUCCUCCAGCUCCCAGGAGAGUCUCAACCGUCCAUUGUCUGCCAAAAGAAGUCCUACUGGAAGUACAACAUCAAGAGCAUCUACAGUAAGUACAAAAUCUGUGUCAACACCAGGAUCUCUGCAGCGAUCCCGCAGUGACGUCGAUGUGAAUGCAGCAGCUAGUGCCAAGUCAAAAGUGACGUCUUCUGGAGCAUCCACCCCCUUCAGUUCUGCUGCAGCCUUGCCCCCAGGGUCAUACGCAUCACUAGGUCGGAUUCGCACCAGGAGGCAGAGCUCUGGCAGUGCCACCAGUGUCACCUCAACGCCUGCUGAUACUCGAGGCCGCAGCCGGGCUAAAGUAGUUUCCCAGUCCCAGCCGGGUAGCCGGUCCAGUUCUCCGGGUAAGCUCUUAGGGAGCUCCUAUGGUGGCCUGAGCAGUGGAACAUCCCGAGUGCAGGCAGUGCCAUCGUCCUCAGAGAAGCGCAGCAAGAUUCCCCGGAGCCAGGGCUGCAGUCGGGAGACGAGUCCCAACAGAAUAGGCCUAGACCGGUUUGGACUCGGACAGCCAGGCAGGAUGCCUGCUUCUGUGAAUGCCAUGCGAGUCCUGAGCACCAGCACAGAUCUGGAGGCUGCUGUGGCCGAUGCACUGCUGUUAGGAGACUCCAGGAGCAAGAAGAAGCCAGUGAGAAGGAGAUACGAGCCCUAUGGGAUGUACUCCGACGACGACGCCAACAGCGACGCGUCCAGCGCGUGCUCCGAGCGCUCGUACGGCUCCAGGAACGGGGGCAUUCCACACUACCUGCGGCAGACCGAGGACGUGGCUGAGGUCCUCAACCACUGCGCCAGCUCCAACUGGUCCGAGAGGAAGGAGGGGCUCAUAGGUCUUCAGAAUUUACUGAAAAGCCAGCGGACACUGAGCCGAGUCGAGUUAAAAAGGCUGUGUGAGAUAUUUACUCGCAUGUUUGCUGACCCACACAGCAAGCGUGUCUUUAGCAUGUUUCUGGAAACCCUGGUUGAUUUCAUCAUCAUUCAUAAAGAUGACUUGCAGGAUUGGCUUUUUGUUCUCCUGACCCAGUUGCUAAAGAAAAUGGGAGCAGAUUUGUUGGGGUCUGUGCAAGCAAAAGUUCAAAAAGCUCUGGAUGUCACCAGGGAUUCUUUUCCAUUUGAUCAGCAAUUUAACAUUUUGAUGAGGUUUAUUGUAGAUCAGACCCAGACACCAAACCUGAAGGUCAAAGUUGCUAUCCUGAAGUAUAUUGAGUCCUUAGCAAGACAGAUGGAUCCAACAGACUUUGUGAACUCCAGUGAGACAAGACUUGCUGUGUCUAGAAUUAUAACUUGGACUACAGAACCAAAGAGCUCAGAUGUGAGAAAGGCAGCACAGAUAGUCCUGAUUUCUCUCUUUGAAUUGAACACUCCUGAGUUUACCAUGUUACUUGGUGCCUUGCCAAAAACAUUCCAGGAUGGUGCUACCAAGCUCCUGCACAACCACCUCAAGAACUCCAGUAACACCAGUGUGGGUUCCCCCAGCAAUACCCUUGGUCGGACUCCUUCCCGGCACUCCAGCAGCAGAACCAGCCCCUUGACUUCACCUACCAACUGUUCCCAUGGUGGACUGUCUCCAAGUAUGCUGGAUUAUGACACGGAGAACCUAAACUCUGAUGAAAUCUACAGCUCUCUUCGUGGAGUCACAGAAGCAAUUGAGAAAUUUAGUUUCCGUAGUCAAGAGGACCUGAAUGAGCCAAUCAAACGUGAUGGAAAGAAAGACUGUGACAUUGUGUCUCGAGAUGGGGGCCUUGCUCUCCCUAGUGGUGAUGGCCGUGGAAGCAGUGACAUCGUGGAAGGCGGAAGGAUGGCUCUGGAUAACAAAACCUCCCUGCUGAACACGCAGCCCCCCCGCGCCUUUUCGGGGCCCCGUGCUCGGGAAUACAACCCCUAUCCUUACGCUGACACCAUCAACACUUACGACAAGACUGCCCUGAAGGAGGCAGUGUUCGAUGACGACAUGGAUCAGCUCCGGGAUGAAGUACCCAUUGACCAUUCGGAUUUGGUGGCUGAUCUUCUGAAAGAGCUCUCCAACCACAACGAGCGGGUGGAGGAGCGGAAAGGAGCUCUCCUGGAAUUGCUAAAGAUCACAAGGGAAGAUAAUCUUGGAGUUUGGGAGGAACAUUUCAAAACCAUUCUGCUCUUGCUGCUGGAAACGCUUGGAGACAAAGAUCACUCGAUAAGAGCCCUGGCGCUGCGGGUCCUGAGGGAGAUCCUACGGAACCAGCCAGCCAGGUUUAAGAACUACGCAGAGCUGACGAUCAUGAAAACACUGGAAGCACAUAAGGAUUCCCACAAGGAGGUCGUCAGAGCUGCUGAAGAAGCUGCUUCCACCCUGGCGAGUUCCAUCCACCCUGAGCAGUGCAUCAAGGUGCUUUGCCCCAUCAUUCAGACUGCAGAUUAUCCAAUUAACUUAGCUGCCAUCAAAAUGCAAACGAAAGUCAUCGAGAGGAUUUCCAAGGAAUCGUUGCAUCAGCUCCUACCCGAUAUCAUUCCUGGGUUGUUACAGGGUUAUGAUAACACGGAGAGCAGUGUCCGAAAAGCCAGUGUAUUUUGCCUAGUGGCUAUUUAUUCAGUAAUUGGAGAAGAACUGAAACCUCAUCUCGCACAACUCACAGGAAGCAAGAUGAAGCUACUAAACUUGUAUAUAAAGAGGGCACAGACCACCAACAGCAACAGCAGCUCCUCUUCAGAUGUUUCAACGCACAGUUAAUGGAGAUCUGUGGACAUAUGUGUAGACUUAGAAGCAAUCAACGGUGCCUCUCAGAGACCUUUCUGCUACUCUUCACUGGCACGCUCCAUCAGCUUCAGGAGGCCAUGCAGAUAUUUAUUGCAAUCAGUAUUUUAGUCCCUUAAAAGCUUUUAUGUAGAAUCUUACUGGUAUUGAAUGUAAAGGAAGCAAGGUCUGUGUUGCAGUCUUGAUUAAAAGUGAACAUCAGAAAGCCAUACUUAAA